UUUUUCAUAUUUCACUUGGAGUUGUUGCACUUAUGGUUGUGGACUUAAUGGCGCUUUCCGUCCAGUUUCCGCUUAACCGCUAUUCUCUCUAACGGUGCGGAAAGAAAACAAAAAAACAAAAACACAUAUUUUGGCUUUUUUUCCCCUGAGGUGUACAUACUAAAAAGUGGGAAAAAAAAGCCAACCGAGUAAAUCAUUUCGGCUGGCGGUUCGAAUUAGCGAGGUGGCUAGCUAACUAGCACAUUUUAAAGUUUUGCACUGAACACCACAAUGGCAGAUUCACAUGGCAAUGACAGGACGGACGACAGUGAACUCAGAGGUGCAACAGGUGGUGAAGAUGUCAGUGAUGAUAGGAUUAUAGAAGAAGGUGCUAUCGUACUAAGAGAAUAUGUAAUCGAGCGGAUCAGAACAGAGGACCCGUCUAUGCACGUGAGCGCCGAGGACCUAGGUGGAACAGCUAACGAAGGAGAUGAUCCUCACGUGAAAGUAGUUGUAGAUCAGCUUCUUAAGAUCGCUGAUGAGCUGAAUAGGAAUGCAGAGCUUCAACAUCUCAUCAACACUGUACAGGCGAACUGUGCUCAGGAGGUGUUCGUGACUGUGGCCAAGAGCAUCUUUACAGAUGGAAUUAACUGGGGCCGAAUAGUGGCUCUUUUUUAUCUUGCCUAUAGGCUCAUUUAUAAGGCACUGACUCAAAACCACUUUGAAAUCAUCAAGCACAUCAUUAGCUGGGUAUUGCAGUUUAUCAGGGAACACAUUUCCGCCUGGAUCAGACAGCAAGGAGGAUGGGCGGGCGUUAUGCGCAACGUAUCGAGAUGGCGCACUGUGUCCAUCAUUGCAGCAGUGGCGUUCAUCGUAGCUGCAGUUUACUGGAGACGAACUCGCUGACCGCCCCACCAUAAAAUCCUGACAUCAUUGAAAGAGCCAGUUUCAUUCAUUUGCACAUGCGGGAAAUUAUCAGAAGCAAUAAGUACUAAUAUGUUACAAAUGCAAUGACCAAAUGUUCAUGUCGAUUGGCACGUUAGAAUAUCAAACUGUAAAAUACUGUAAGAAAUAAGAACUCCAUUUCAUUACACAGUGUAGCUCUUUUGAAAUUUUUCUUACUGUUGUGUUUAUACUGUAAUUUAACAAGGCACAACUAUUUAUUAACAACACAGUGUCUUGUCUUUUAUUUUUUUGAUACUUCACUACAUUUGUAGCAGUCCAUUUGUCAUCCACAGCUCUUAUCAUUUUAAUAAGUGCCAAUGUCUUUCAGCCCUACCUCCAUCUGGUGAAAUAUCUGACAGUUUAUCAAAGGUUUUUUAAAUGGGAUUUUUAGUAUACCAUGUACUAUUAGCAUUGUUAAAUGUCAGAUUUUAACUAUUUAGAAUGUCUUAUUUCUAACUCCUGUCUAGACAAGACCUCUUUGCAGGAAUGUAAUGAAUGUGUUUACACUUAUGACUAAGCAGGGCAGCAGAUGGUGAAGGAAAAUCUCCUUUGCCAGCUCAGACUUUUAUAGGCAGAAGUUAUGUUUGUGUGAUAAACAUCAAAACAAGAAGCUAAAAGAAUGAUUAAGAGAUAAGAAGCUAAAAAUUUAAUCAUUGCUUUAUUACUAAUCUAAAAAUGGGUUAUUGGGUCUUGAGUUUUAAAUCAUGAUAGCUAUUAGUUGGAGCAGUAUGCGUGUUUAGUCUAAGUGAAUUAGUUUGAAUAAGGAAACAAUAAUGCAUUUGUGUAUCAUGUUAAAAUAAGAUUAGAAAUUUUUGGAAAUACAGGGAAAAUACUACAAAGGUGUUUUUUUCCUGUAGUGAAUUCAGGGAAAUUGUGCUUGGUUUUUGUUUACAUCAAAAUAAAUGUGAUCAAUCAAGUGUC